CCGGGACGCUGACAAGCUGCCAGCUGCGGAGUCUCCAUCUGGAAGAGCCGCGGCUCCCGAGGAGGAGAACGCAGAGCCUGGCCCGACCGACGGACGCGCCGACCGCCGCUGCGCCGCCGCCCCCAGCUCGCGCUGCCUCCUGCUCGCGCCGAAGCACGAAGGUCACUCCCGCCCCGGACAGCCUAGAGAGCCCAGAACCGAGAUGGAAACGGUCCAGGAGCUGAUUCCUCUGGCCAAGGAGAUGAUGGCCCAGAAGCCCAACCGGAAGCUGUUAAAGCUGUACGUGCUGGGCAGCGUCCUGGCUUUCCUCGGUGUGGUGCUAGGCCUGGUGGAGACUGUGUGCAGCCCCUUCACGGCCUCCAGCCGCCUGCGGGAGGAGGAGGCAGCUGUGGCCGAGCUGCAGGCCGCCCGUGAGCGAAAGGCCCUCCAGACACAAGCCCUGCUGGAGAAAGGCAAGCAGCAGGAGGCCAUCCUCCGCAACCGGCAGCAUGGCUCCUAAGAACCUGGGGAGACCAGCAGAGGGAGGGGGAGAGAGAGACUGAGCUAGGGACAGAGACAGAGAGAGAGGGCAAGCGAGCGCAGGUCAGGCUCAAGUGGGAGACAGCAGGAGUCCUGUGCUGUUUGGACUUCCUUCUGAGAAGCCACUGACUUCUAGAACUGAACUACCACACAGAUCCACGAAAGGAGUUUGGGGUUGAGUUUUGCUGCUGUGAGACACUACAGAAAGA